UUAGCAGUUACAACUCACAACUUACAGUAGUUAUUAGAAUGUAUACAAUAGUUACCAACUGUUCUCUUAGUUUGCAAAGUGUAAAUAUCGUAGCAGACGACAAAAUUGCAUGUACUGUACUCUGUACUUGUCAAUUUUCAGUCGUCAUGAUCAGUCUGGACUCUGGCAUACUUUCUGUGCGCAGCAGCUGAUGUACACUUUACUUAGUGGGUUUUAUCGGUAUCUUGUUCAGAAAGACGAGUACUUCAUAGUUAUUUUAGGACUUGACAAUGCCGGCAAAACUACUUACUUGGAAGCUGCCAAAACAAAAUUUACAAAAAAUUAUAAAGGCAUGAACCCUAGUAAAAUAACUACAACUGUAGGUUUGAACAUUGGUAGAAUUGAUACCGGUGGUGUGAGACUCAAUUUUUGGGACUUAGGAGGUCAAGAAGAAUUACAAUCACUUUGGGAUAAAUAUUAUGCAGAAUCACAUGCAGUGAUUUAUAUAGUAGACUCAUCCGAUAGAGAUAGAAUUCCUGUAUCAAAGGAAACUUUUGAUAAAGUAAUCUCUUCGGAACAUCUUCAAGGGGUGCCAUUAUUGGUUUUGGCUAAUAAGCAAGAUAUACCAGACUGCAUGGGUGUAAGAGAUGUGAAGCCCAUAUUUAACCAAAAUGCUCAUUUAAUUGGUCGAAGAGAUUGUAUGGUAAUGCCAGUUUCUGCAUUAACUGGAGAGGGAGUAAAUGAAGGAAUAAAUUGGUUGGUCGAUUGCAUCAAACGAAACAACGAUAUUAGACCUCCAAGAAAUCAAGACAAUAAUGGUUUAUCAUGAUAUUCCAUUCCAUAAUAAUUUUGUAAUUUAGUUUUAAAUGUACAUGUAUAAAAUUAGAUUUAUCCUUCAAUA